CAAAUAGACCAAGACCUUGCUGCAUUGGCUGAGUCCAUGCGCGUCCUUCGUAUUCCCCGGAAUGAUCUCGCCCGUAUAUCUUGCCUUCCACCAGAGAUUCUCGCGACUGUCUUCAGACACUUUGCGAAUUUCGAGAGCCAUGCGGGCACAUACCCUCCUAGUGCCCCUAUUUGUAUGAGAGUUACCCAUGUCUGUAGGCACUGGCGUUAA